AUGAAUACUGUUGGUCGUAUGUUUCACGUUGUUCCCGAAGGUUUCCUUCCACAAGGUGUCAACGUCGUUCUUGGUGGCCAAGACGUCCAACCGCUCUUCCCACCUCUUGAUCCGGCAUCCAAUUUCACACGAUUCGUUGCUCCAAAUGCGACAGAUACCCCGGAACAUCUCUUUGUGCCUCGUUUGUCACAGGCCACGAUCCAGGCUCCACGCUUCAUUCGCUGUUCAGAUGUAUCCGAGUUUCUCAUCUACACGGACGGGGCCUGCAGCAACAACGGAGCUAACGAUGGGCGAGGCGGCUGUGCCUUUGUCUUUCGCCCCGAAACUUCACCCUCGAUGAUUCCGCCCACAACGUCUUCCGGGCACUCGACUGCUUCGAUGAAACUGCAUCAACUCGGCGCUUCGAAAUUCCGACUGGAAUCCCGCGGCCCAACGGGCGAAGCCGUGCCGCAGACGAGUAACCGUGCGGAGCUGCGCGCCGUCAUUGCUGCGCUUGGCUAUCGUCUGUGGAACAACGAGGGCUGCCGCCGCCUCGUCAUUGCAACAGACUCGGCGUACGUCGUCGACGGCUGCACGGCGUGGAUCACGAAAUGGAUGCGAAACGGAUGGCAGACAUCAACACACCAGCCCGUCAAGAACCAGGACCUCUGGCUAGAGCUCAUCAGACUACGCGACAAAUGGAGCAAAGCUGGCGUCAAAGUCUUGUUCUGGCGCAUCCCCAGAAGCAGGAAUACCCUGGCGGAUCGCCUGGCCAAGGAAGCUACGGCUCUUGAGGAAGACGAGUAUUGGGCUGAUCGUCGGGGUACCAUGUGCUAACACUAAUUCUAAGUAUCAGAGACUUGGUAUGACAUACUAGUUUUCAGUCAUCAUUGGCACAUUUGAAACAGAGUCUAGUCGUAACACUGCUAUGAUAUGUACAUACAUCUAUCACAAAGAAGCGUUCAAUAUGCUGUGGGUAGUAGUCUGUUUUUUUUAUAAUUCAGC